AUGUCUGAGUCCGAAGACAAUUCACAGCUCAAUUUCUUUAACUUGAACUUUGGUGCUUGGAAUAAUGGUUGUAAUUUGGAGCUAGUCAACAAUGAUAUUUGGCCACUUAAUUCCGGCCCAUAUCUUGCUCAUAAACAUGACAGUUUAGGUCUUCCACCUGUCAACAAGCAAUCUGGAAAAUCCUCUGGAGACUCCAAGCUUGAUGGGCCAAAUCUAUUUUCUUGGUCAUCGAAUAAUCCACUUAUACGGCCUGCGAAUAAAAUGUCAAUAUGGUCAACUGAUGUUCAGUCACAAGCAAAGUCCCGAGAGUUAUCGAGCUCACUGUGGGGGAGUACGGUGAAUGAGAAUGAUCAACUGGCGUCUGAAGAUGUUUGGGAUUCAUCUCAUGACCCUGUGGUUCAUAUACCCAAAGUUGGGAACGAAUUAGAAUCUUGGAAGUUAGAUCGUCCACAGUGUCUUGGUUCAUCGGAUGUGUCAUUACCUGUUGUUGAUUCCGAAAUAAACAAUGUCUCCAGAGAGUUGGAAUUACCUCAUCUAAAUAUCCCUGUUAACAACCUUCCCGAUGUUAACACUAUGCUUUCGGGGUUGACCAUCACUCCUAGGAAUUCUGAGGAGUCACCGUCUCAAACUAAAACAUCUGCAAGUUGUGCUAGUGCAAAUGAUCCUGCUACAGUUCAGGCGCUGUCAACAGAGCAAUUAUUUGACCGACUAAUCAAUACAAAUGAGGGUUGGGGCAGACGGCCAAUCGACCAGGCGACACCAUGGGAGCCAUUGGAUUCAAAGAUAAGUGAUCAGAUAAAUCGUAGUGGUAUAACAACGCCUACACCGGGUGCUUGUUCUUCUGGAUAUCUGGCUGGGAAUUUCAGAAUUUCUUCACAACCUCACACAUCCGAUUCUAAUGUAUGGACUAAUGAACCACCAACGGGAACAGGAAUAUGGGAAAUGCACUAUGAAAGUUUGGGUGGUCGUUCGGCUGCAUGGCAGGCAGAAUCACAGUCUUUGGCUUAUCGUGAUAUGAUAUCUACUCCUCAAGUUAAUCCUAGUAAUUUAAUGAAUUGUAGUCUAAAUACUAAUCCUCGAGCGGCACCGCAGCUUCAACCUAGUCGUCCUGGUGAUUGUCGCGAAUGGGAAGAUAACGAGAGCAGGUUAGUCAAGAACUGGAAUGUUGGUCUGUCAGGGUCUUCAGAUCGCACCAACCUAUUGUGGAACUCGCCUACGGUUGCAGCAGAUUGUGAUGACCAAGUUGGGGGAGGUGCAAUACACAGACGACACCCAACAACGAUCGUCUCACAUCCAGAAGCGCCUUGGGGUAGUGGAAAUACUGUUCAUCCAUCCAGUGGUCGUCCCGUACUUGGUGGAACUCGUGCGAUACUACCAAAUAAUAACCAAUCAGAUGAUGUGACUUUGGAUGGUGACUCGAAUUUUUUGAGAUCCGGUGUAAACCCGAACACUAUUGUUGCAUGGGAAACUUCGUCCAACGGUGUGGUUAGUACUACUUGGGGGUCUACCGGAAAUACGGGUCUAAUUAAUUCUAUGCAAACCCAGUUGCCUUCUUCAACAGAUGAUGUUAGACGUCAGCAGAACUACUUGGGUUCCAUUUCAGUUACUCAGGGAUCCGAUCGAUUGCAGGUUCAUCCGUAUAGUAAUACCUAUCGAGCUGAUUUAGUUAAAUAUUUGAUGAGUCAGGGUUUUAAGAAAGAAGAUGCACAUGCAGCUUUGAUCGCAUGUAAUAUGGAACCAGAGAAAGCCUUGUCUGAAUUACGCGAACGUUACAGCACAAAUAGAACUAUGAAUGCCAUGACACAACCCUUAGAACUUGGUCGUAAUUAUGGAGCAAAUGGUGUCUCACACACAGUAACCAGGAGUGGCCCAAUCCAUCAGCUGUCAAAUGAUGCUUCAUUAUCCCAGUUUUCACUGUCAGGAAGCAACUCUACUGCCUCUGCACCGAAUCAUCGUCUUAAGCAACCAGGUUCAUGUGUCACCACACAAAGUUAUUCAAAUCAGUUGCUAGCUAUGCAACCAGUUCCUAACUCUCAAUUAAUGAGACAACAAAUCACUCAGCAGGUUCGUUCUGCCCUAAACCUUUCUCUGCCAAAUCCGUUGGGUGUACAGAUAAAUGGAAAUGCUGCAGUUGGUGCAUGUGGUGGUUCACUUUUAGGGCAGCCUCCACCCCCUUCUUUAUCAAAUGUCAAUCUCAAUUCCCACACUGCCCCAUCUGCUAACUCACAUCAGAUUACUGGUUUAGCACCCAUUACGAGUUUGGGCCCUGCAAAGAAUAAUAUCCGCACACCAACUACACCUGCAUCUUAUAACCAGAACUCAAUGAAAAGGUCACCUCGCCAAAUGGCAAUAAUCAACUCAAUAAUUGAAUUGCAAAAGAAACAUCAGAGCAUUCAGCAUCAGCUAACGGUAUAUCACAAUAAUCCAGCUCUUCGAUCGCAACCCCAGUAUGCUGAUGUAUUUGUUGAACUUCAGGGUCAGAUGCAACAAAUCGAAACUCAGCUUUAUGCAAAACGCACACAACUUAAUCUGACUCGUGCACAGGAUCUAGGAGCACAGUCGACACGAACAACACCGUUGUUGCUGCCAAACUGCGUUGAUGUCUCCGAUAACUCUUUCCCUGCUAUUGGUACAUGGAUGGCACCCUCAUCAAACUGUGGAGAAAAUUUUGACAAAACUCCAACUGACGCCUUAGGUUCCAGAUUGAAUAAUUUUACCCGCACUGCUGUCUCCAAAGUUUCCAGUAACUGGUCUCCUGUUUGGUCUGCAAGUAAUGCAUCAAAUCAAACCACUUCAAAUUUACGUCUAACUCAUGCUCAAUGGCAGCAAGGAAACUCUCAUGGUCGUACUGGUUUAGAAAAUAAUUUGAACCUUCCGGUGGGAAAAAACAAUCUUUCAGGAAACAUGCACGGUGAAGCCCCCCCUCAAGGACAGUGGUUAUUAGUGCAGCCACUUCUUGGAUGGACUGGAGCAAAUAUUCACAAUCUACAAAAUAUUUUGUCAACUCACUUCAAACUCACCAGCUUUCAUGUUUUGAAUCCAAACACGAACAGCGUACUGAUAAAGCUUCAAAAUAUAGAGGAGACAAUACAGUUGGUUAAGAAUUUCGGGGAUCGUCUAGCUCUGGAGCCACUUUCAGAACUCGAUGCUCGUGUUCAUUUAGAACAAGUAUCCUUAAAUGCUUGUUCAGAUGGACUGACAUCUAAUCAAUUUAAUACAUUACCGGAACUACAUGUUACAUCAUCUAACUGGAAUGCUAAUGGCCAAUUCUACUCUUCCUUGAAUAAUUCUAACAACAAAAAGCCUAACCCUCAAAUCUCUCGUUUUGGAAUAACUGUAUGUGGGAACAAGUAGUGUAUUUAGUGAAUCUAGGUGAUGAAAAUAGUCGUUUUUGCGGAAUCUCUUGUUUGGUAAUUUUUCGUAAGGAAGUCUUCCAGUCUCAACGCUUUUGCGUUCAGAUUCACGUCACUAGUGCAGCUAACUUAAUGACAGUCAAAAAAUUCACAAUUCUCGCAUUCACUACAUUCUGCUCAAGUUUUAUGAAUGUGUGCUAUUCUUUUUCUCUCUCUCACACAGUUCAUGUUUUUGGCUAAUUCUUUGCUGUGCCUCUGUGACUUCUGUGAUCCAAUAUUAUAUCAAAAUCAUGCGUUUCGAAAUUGCUAAGUUGUAUAUGGAUCAAAACUAGUCAGAAUUGCCUUGCUGAUUGAUAUAACUAUAAUUGUUAUUUUUAUUCAUGUCUACCCCUUAUAUUCUUUAUGUAAUAACAUCAUACCUCAUUGCCUUUCAUACCUACAUCCAUACAUCCUCAUAUCUGUGCGUGUGUCUGAGAAUGUGGUCUGAUUGUCUGUUCGGUUCUGUUCUAUUCUAUGUUUUUUUAAAAACCGUCCAACUCUUUCUAGUAGUCUUUCAUUUUUUCGCGUGCUUGAUUUUUACAGAUAGCUGUCUGUAUCUUCAGACUCUAAGUGUGGCUACACUUUACUUAUCCUUCUGUCCCUAACCAAGCCUUUAGAAUCAAAGAGUAUUCGAAGCUGAAGCUGCUUCAACUAUAUCGUAUCAAUUGAGUGCUUUUCCUGCUACAUUUUAUUAUAUAGUGUAUUUAGGUUGUCCUACGUGUUUAUGUGAAUAAGUUAGUUUACAUUGAUAUCUUAAAUCCUUAACUUUCCCCUUUAUGUAUGUGACGUACCCUUUUUGUCCAUUUUCAUUGGGUUCAGUCAUCAACUAUUGAACAGAAAACCACCUAAUGUAUUUUUUUUCUGUCUUGCUACAACACAGAUCAUGUCUAUUCUGAGACGCUAACUGUGAUGUAUUUAUACGUGCGUAUGCUCAUUGGUUUAUUUCCCCUUUCACGCAGAAUAAUGCGGUCCCUUUAAAGUCUUCUGAUACAUACAACUGCCCUAAAAACCAGACCGGUGCAAUAUGUUUCUUGUCCCGCUUAAUUGUUCUGUAAAACACUUAUGACUGUAUUUACCUACCUCUAGAUCAAUAGUAUUAAUUGUUCUCAUUUUCACUGAUUAGGUUAUUGUCUGUACACCUUGUGUACGUAUGUGUGUGCGUAUGAUUCACAAUUUUGUGUCCUCAAACAAGGUGUGCACUUUGAGUCGUUUUAAUAUAACCAAAUUAUCGCCUAACACUGUACAAUAAGUACAAUACUUACUGCAUAUCCAGUGGAAAUGAUGCUAUUUCUCCAUUUUUGUUCUUCUUGGAGUCAACUGAAGUAAGAUCUUCCUUUUUCCUUUCAAUCUUUAAACUAUGUGCAUCCUUUUCUUCCUGUUUUUUCUGUUGUUCAACGAUUUUUUAAUGAACAAAUCGUUUUACUAUGUUAUGUCAAGACAUUUCCAAUCAGAAAAUUGGUCAUUUAUUGUACGUUUUUGAUCGAAUUAUUGCAUUCAGUUAACCUUUAUUUCUAAUGCACACACUGGUUGACGUAAAAGAAAAGAUGAAGCAAGAGUUAGAUUUUUCAAAUUGCCUAAAGGUUUAGGCAUACAAGCUUUUCUAUUUCACAUCCAUCAUGAAGUCAUGUGAGAAUACUUCCCUUUUUGUGUAUUUUUUGAAAUUCUGAAUAAUAAUGAUAAUUCUGGCUGUUUACUACACCAUUACAAUCCAUUCUGAGUUAGUCUUUCCACUUUUCAUGUCCUUUCUAUGAUGAUUGCAUUUUCCUCUAUAAAUAUAAGUCUAGAUGUAACAACUAUUCCUUUGUGGUGAAUUCCCUUCUUCUGUUCACAUUGUUAUUUCUCAGUAGUCGUCAAUUUUAUCAACACAACGACUAGGACAGUUCUUGAGGUGUGUGCGUCAAAGUCGUGUUUCCUUUUCCACUGCUAAUAUAACCCAUUCCGGUGCAAAGUUAAAAAACCUGUUGCCAAACUUCUGUCUAUCUGUUUAUACACACACACAAAACAGUAUAGUCUCUAUUCAUUCUUUUUUCUGUUUUAUGAUUUAUUUCUGCAACAUCAUCUUAAAAUGCCUUCAAUUCUAACGUGUAGUAGUAGUAGUAGUGGAUAACCGAAUUUUUCCAGCUAUUUAUUACCUUUGACUUCAACCUGUGAUCAGAUCCAUUUGUUGCAGUUACCCUGCAUACCUCUUAUAUAUUAUACGCAUUAAUGACGUCAUUUUUCAUCAUUCCAUUUCUGGAUUUGCAAGUUGAUGUUUCUCCUUCCGACGUUUUGUUUAUGUGCUAGUGGCUCUACAUUUCCAGGGAUCCAGAAUACUUGUGAUGCUUUUCGUGCCUGUGCUAGCUAUAUCCGGUUAGCAUUAUUCAUAUCACGCGUGUGCUUCCACUCGAAUACAUUAUGUUUGACGAUUCCCGAACAUAUUCACUUUACAGCUGCAAAAAACGUAAUGGGGAUACAGUGGACUCACACAACACAAUCAAAAUAUUUCCCUAUUUUAUUCAUAAUUAACAAUUUGGUUGUGUUCAAUCUAUUCCUAAAUUAAGAUAAUCUAAUCUUCACAUAUCCCAGCUGCUCAUAGAUCAUCAAUGAGACCUUUUCCAGCAUACAAGUUAGUAAAUAUUCUCUGUCUUGAGAGAAUCCACUUGAUGAUAAAACUGGGUUUCUGAUUUGUCUGGUUUCGUUUAUAGACAUUAAAAUAUGUAUCACUGCUUUCAGCAUUCUCUUUUUCUCAUAAUACCCGUUGCUGAACUGGUGUGUUGUUCCCCCUCUUAUGCAUAAUCAUGUCUAUACUGUCCUGCAAAUAUUCAAAUGUAUUCCAUAUAUUUGUUUUUAUUAACCAGUCAAAAUGUGUUUCUCUCUCUCUCUCUCUCUCUGCAUUAAUCAUAAGUUUCCAUCAUUCGUAUAUUUCAGUCAUCACUUACUGUUUGUUUUGUCAAUCUAGAAAACAUAAUAGUCCUGCCAAGCGUAUUAUUGUCUCGUAAUCUUUAGGGAUAUCUUAGCAGAACUCAGCUGGUUCUGGGGACCCAUGGUUUGUUCACUUUCUCUCUCAAUUGUGUAUCAACAAGUCAGUGACUUUUCCUCUAUCCUUAUUUUCACUGACUGGGUCCUAGUAUUUUCACUCAUUAUUGUCCUGUUUGCCAGCUCAACUCAGCUUUCGCACUUGUGAACUUGCCAUUUUUGUGCGCCAAGUUAUUUCAAAUGUUAAUUAACUCUAUCCACAAUUGUUUGCUGUGCCAAGUGCAUAAAGUGUCAUAAAACAUUAAGGAGUGUCAGACUUUGUUUUUAUUUUUCUUUUGUUCUAAAUUUGGUUGAAUAGGCGUAUUCAUUCGUAUAUUGUUCAAUGUUUCUUUCUCAAAUAGAGCUCUCCCUACUUA